AAAAAAAAAAUCUUUUUAGAUAAUAAAUCUAAUUUGAAUAGUACUAGACCAUGCACUAGGUAACCGAGAUAGUCCAGCCUAUAAAUACGAACUGAAGUAAUAGAUAAUCAAAUUUUCUCUAAUUAAGCACUCUAAUCUGAUAAUUAAACCUAAUUAAUUAAGAGAAUUUAAUGGCAAUGCCAAUAGGGUACUUAUCUACCUCUUGUAAUGUCCACACCAAUAACAACAACAAUAAUAAUAAUAAGAAGAAGAAGAUAAUGAUGAGUGUGGCAUCUGGAUUAUUGAACAACACCAUCAAAGCUCUUCGAAUUGCAGUAGUAAUACCAGUUUCGGGGAUUAAUAAAGAAGUUGCUUAUUUGAUCAAGUCUAAAAAAUCCUCCAUUCCUAAAUACCACUUUGCUGUCUAUGUUGGAGAACAACAAGAAAAGAAGCGUUAUGCAGUACCUGUUUCGUACUUAAAUGAGAAUAAGUUUCGAGAACUGCUAAGCAUGGCUGAACAAGAAUUCGGAUUUGAUCAGCCGGAAGGACUUACCAUUCCCUGUACAGAAGACUUCUUCAUUGAUUUCACUUCUCGAUUGCAGUUUAAUUUGCUGUAAAUAUCUUAAUUGUAGGAGUGCAAACAAUUUUAUUAAGUUGUAGAGACCAUAUGCAUGUAUACUAUUUUUCAGUCUUUUAUCUUCUCUUUUGAGUUGUCUAUAUAAGUAGCCAAAAGAGGAAAAAAAAAUUAAAUACGAUGACAAAAAUGUUACUUUUUUAUGUA